CGCCGUGACGCCACUGUGUUUCGUGAGGCUGAGGAGCGAGCGUGAUUCCCACGAAACAGCACACAAUGGAUGAAGGUGAAGAUUUCUCCCUUUGUGGUAAAGCGGCUGUAAAUGAAGCUAAUCUGAGAGAUGAGUACUAUUGGAAGCUUGUUGCAGACUUCAUUGGUCCUCAGUCGGGAGAAGGAUUAGAGCUUGAAAAGGCGCCAUGCAAGAACAGACUUUUGAUUCAAGUAGGACUUCUGAAAGAGGACAACAAUUUUCCCUGGAUUGCCAUUGUAGAGUGGCUCAAGAAAAUUUUCCCCAGUCAUCAGUCGGCUGACUUUCGUCGUUUGAUCGAAAGAGGCAUCGCAACGACAUUGAGUCUAGGAAGUGAUGCGAGGCUGACCUUCCUGGAAUCAGAUGUCAACUUUAACUUUGUCGGGCCAAUAUGUGAUAGCAUCGGAGUGGAGCGACAACACCUUUUGGAAAUGAGGGAUUUUACAGAGCGAGCACAGUCGAUUGAAGUCACGAAUGGAUUGAUUCUUGAGUUGAUCAACUUUGUCACCAGGGAGAAAAUUGCGCCAGUUGUUUUAGUCACUUGGCUUAGAAACUUCAACCCCGAGUUUUGUAAGAAUGGGGACAUUCAAAAGGCGUAUAAAGUCAUCAGAGCCAAGAUAAAAAAGUUAAAACUGCAUUGCCGCAAUUAUGAAACAAGAAGUCACAGAAGGAAUGCAGUGAUGGAUAUUCUGCUUCAAAGUCCAUUUGAACUUGUGCGGAAAAGAUCACCGAAACAUAUCGUGAAGAAACGCAUGAGAAGAGAUGAAACCAUAAAUUAUGAAAAAGUAACAGUCAAAGAGGAAAAUGAGAGCUAUGAAAUCAUGCAAGGUGAGGUGUCUGACAUGAACAGAGGACCUGUAAAGACAUUAAUACUGAAAGAACAUGUCUCACAUGACGAGAGUGAUUUGGAUGAAUCCAACUGCGGAGAAGAAACCUCAGAAAAGAGAGAAGAGUCCCUGACCCUCCUUGACAUCGCAAUGCUGUCUGUCCAAAAGCUGUCGAGUGUGUACGGUGGGAAAACCGCAGUAUGCAAACAAGUUUCCUUAGAUCUCCUCAGGAAUCAGUAUAAUCUAACAUGCAAGGAGCAUCCGGCCAUGGCAGAGUUUGAGAGAAAACUGGACACACUCUGUGAAGACAUUUCACUCGCCUCUCCUGUGGUGUUUUUAAACUACAACGCCAACUUCCUUGUUGACAUGCACGAUGCCGUUGAGCAGCACAUCAUGAGCUUCGAGAAAGAGAUCGUUCUAUCGAGGGGAGAGAAACUAGGCCGGGACAAGCUUGCACACUUCAAGAACUUUGUGAAUUUGUCGGAAAGUGCCACUUCACGCUACAUUCACAUGGCCUGCGACAUCUUAUGCCCUCGCAACCCUGGUUCACAAAACUACAGAAAACACUGGGUAGCUUUCUGCGAGGAGAAGAAAAAUCCCUCCAGACUUGCGGUAAACGAGUCAAACCGGUUCAACAACUACUUUGAAGCUGCAGCGGGUCUUAUUCACCAUCACAAAGAGAUCCCUCUCUUCUUCUCUGAUUUGCUCUCGCUGAACAACGACGAAUGCCCAAACAUUAUUCUGGAGAGCGUCGCCGCUGAUGCUGAUGAUUCUGUGAUACAGAGCCUCGUGUGUGUCCUGGCCAUCGUUUACUGCAAAGUCCUCGGGCCUUACUGGCAGCUUCUGAAAAGCGGAGGGGAGUACUCGCUCUUCAGCCGGUACAUACUCUCUCUCUACCAAAAGUUCCUUGAUUGGUCCAAAGAUCCUUCAACGCUGCUGGAGCCUGAAGAGGCUACAAAUGUUUUCCACCAGUUCGCGUUGCAGGAGAAAACCUUUGAGGGGGUGUUUCAUUACUGUGGUCAGUGGCACACAAAUAGGGACCUCAUCAGAGCUUGCUUGAAGAGGAUGGUAAAGGUGAUUGCUGCUGUCACUGAGGAACACCUGAAGGAUUUCCUGCCAGGAGGAACAUUUUCUCAAGUCCCGUCGCCAGAUUUGAGCUUACAACUGGUGAGCUGCACGUUCUCCGUCUUGAUGGCGGAAUAUCCCUCUGGCAGCGCGGACCCUUACAAGAAGGAGAGACCUGACAAGUCCUCCAAACGCUCCUCGCACGGGAACGGGUCAUCAGACAGCUCCCAGGAAGACGAUGACCGUUCUGGUUCAUCUGAUGGCAGCUCCGAUGAAUCCGGUUGGCAGUCCAAGAAGAAUACGUACACUGUCCAGAAAUAUGAGUACAGUCCACCGUUGAAGAAGGAUUACAAAAGUAAAAGAGGAAAGGCAGAAAGGAUACAUCAAGAGGAGCAGGAGGCAAACAUGGAUAGGGACUACAUAAUGGCCACAGUGAGGAAAAACGGAGGGCCGUGCAAGACGCAGCAGGAUGUUGACAAAAUGCUGCUGCGAUUUGAUGGAAAACCCCGAGUAGAGAAAUGGGAAGCGAUCCGUUGUGAGGUUCUGUACCAGAAAAUGAUUCUGAACAACACAGAUCCGAACUUGGAUUGUGUUUUCCACAACAGCACGCAAAUGGUGUUGAAGCUGAAGCUCUCACUACCUCGGGUCAAACCCGGGUACUCUCUUGUGUGGGCGCCGAGAAAGACAAAAACAAAGCCUGUGUUGCCUGCUGCGACGGACCAGAGUGAAACCAGCAACACAUGAGCGCUUUCAUUGCAUGUAAAAAGUGUGACUAUUGAGCGAUAGAUGAGAAGAUAAAUUACUUGGAAUGAUGAGGGAAGGAAAAUGGGUUGAACAUGUGACUUCAUCAUGUGAUUCUGUUUGGAAACUAACCAGAAAUACACACAAUGACCUCAAUCUUUCCACACAAAUAUUAUAUUGUGUGUUGUAAUGUAUGUUUGAUUCUGUAUACGUCAGAUGCAGCUGUACCUACUGUAUUUUCAAUGCCGGUAUACCCUUUUUCACAGCAGCCAUUUUGACAUGAAAUAGUAGGGUAAUCACAGGCGUUACCAACACGAUGUUAUAUAUUAUAUUAGGUUCGGUACCAUUUAGUGUCGCAGUGAGCCAGCAUGCACAAUAGCGGCUCUCUUAAAUCUGUUUGACCUGAAUGUUACAUCUGUAUUUAUCCUACUAUUCCAUGUCCAAAUGGUUGCUGUGAAAAAGGCAUAAAAGUUAAAUUGAUGUUUGAUUUUGAGGCUCUUACACUUAUGUCACAUUUCCCCAAUCAUGGUUCUGUACUGUUACAAUGCUUUUCUAGAAAAAAGCUUUUUUUUUAAAAAAUAUAUAUGUACAGGAUUGUACCCAUUGUAAUCAUCAGAUAAUAAUCAGGGCUGACCUUAAAGAUGUUAAAAGAAUCACUGACUAAAUAAAC